AUGCAAAAAAUAGGCACGUGUUUAUAUAUUGGAGAGGUCAAAUACACAAGAGGUGCCAUUCACCGCUUUGUAAAAAAAACCGAAAGGAAUAAUCUUAUUAAUCCUUUAUUUUUCGUACACAAUUUUUGUAAUAAAAAAACAUAUCAACAAAAGGAUCUGAAUAGUAUCGUAUCUUAUGAAAGGAAACACAAUUGCAGAUUGUGCAAAGGAGAAAACAAUUAUUCUUCUAUCAAUGAAAAAGAAAAGAAUGAAAUAUGUUUUGAAAAAAUGAAAGAAAAAAACAACUCGGGGUUUCAUUUAAUUAAGCAAAAUAUAUCAAAUGGAAAAAACAAUUGUCUUAAUUCUACAAAUAAAAAAGGAGAAACAAAAUCUUGCAUGAAUGAUAUAAAUGGAAUGGACAUUCAAAAUAAUGGAGAAAAUCUUCAAAUGGGAGCUCAAAAUAAAAUAACACUUGAUGAAAUAAUAGAUUUAGAACUAUCGGAUACAUGGUCAAAAAGAACAUUAAUUUUAAAUUUCAAAAAUAAUAUAUUCGAAAUUAUUCUAAAUAGACCAGAAAAAUUAAAUGCUAUCAAUAAAGACAUGAUUAACGGUUUGCUAAAUAUUAUAAAAAGUUUAAAUAAUGAUGAUAGGUGCCAUAUGAUUAUAAUUAGAAGUGUCAACACAAAGUGUUUUUGUUCUGGUUCUGACGUUAAGGACAUUGUCCAAAAUAAGGAAAAAGGAAUGCAACAUAUGAAACAACUUUAUAUGUACAUUAAUUAUAUGUCAAAAAUGAAAAAAGCUGUCUUGUGUAUAUGGAAUGGCUACGCUAUGGGAGGGGGAUUAGGCAUUUCUAUGUAUGCAAAAUUUAGAGUAAUAAAUAAAAAUACAAUAUUUGCAAUGCCAGAAAAUAAAAUUGGAUUUUUUCCUGAUAUUAGUUGUUGCUACUUUUUUAAGAAAUAUUUUGGAAGGAAUAUUGGUUUGCAUCUGGGGUUGACUUCCCUACGUUUGAAUGAAGCAGAUUUGGUGAAUUUUAAAAUAUGCAGUAAUUAUAUUGAAGAUGUAGAUGUACUGCUCAACGAAUUUUACAAUAUUAAAAAGACGAAUCAAGCUGAUUUCGAUACUAAACUUUUUCACAUACUAAGUAAAUAUCCCCCGAAUAAACUUAAUGCAGAAACAAAACCAGUACUAACACAAGAUCUAAUUGACAACAUCAACAGGUAUUACAAUUCAGCCAAUAGUUUAGAUGACUUAAUAAACAAUUUGAAAAAAGAUGAGGAUAAUCAUUUUUGUCUACAAACCCUAAAUUGUAUUAGCGAGAAUUGCUAUUCUAGCGCGAAACUCUGGUUUUCUUAUUUCCUUUAUAAUUAUGAUAAGCCCUUAGAAGAGGUAUUAGACAACGAUUUUAAAAUUACUCAAUAUUUCUUGUAUCACACCAAAACGUUUGAAAAAGGUGUAACUGAAAUGCUUGUGAAAAAAAAUAAAUCCUUUAAGUGGAGCUCAGAACGAGAAAAUAAUGAUAUGCCGAUGGAGGAGGGAAAUGUUGAGAAUAUAUUAAUGAACAGUAGUUUGAUGUCAAUCCGAGAGGAGUUCAUAUGA